GGUGCCUAGAGGACGCUGAUAACGGGACACAACACUACAGUGGGAGUUUGGAAGAUGUUGCGACCCUCCUAAACUUUCACGAGGACAAAGGCGAGAUAUGGAAUUUGGGCUGCGGAUCGGAUAUACACUUUCGACAAACGCGCAUUUUGAAUCAGCACAAAUCUGAGGGAAAAUAAGCCUCCAAAUCCUGAAUAUCUCACUAUCCAGCUGGGAUGUUAAGUUACACGCCGAUGACACAAACAGGUCUUUGACUGGGCUGUGAGAUGCCACUGGUCACAUUGCCAGGUCAACUAGCCAGUCCUCCCUCUGCUGUGUCCAGUGCAGUGGCGCCCUCUGCUGUGUGACUGAGGAAGCAUGGGGAACAUAGUGGAGGAAGGCAUGAACGCUGUCAUCGUCAACCACUACAACCACUCCGGGAAGUGGGACCGGCCUCGCAGCAGCGGGGCCUGUAAGAUGGCUGUGCUGCUCCUCAUAUGUGUGCUGAUCGUUUUGGAGAACGUCACCGUUCUGCUGGCCCUGUGGAGGAACAAGCGCUUCCACAGCCGCAUGUACUUUCUCAUUGGCAACCUGGCACUGUCAGAUCUUCUGGCUGGGGUGGCCUACGUGGUUAAUAUCUUCACCUCAGGACGCAAUACUUUCUUCCUGACCCCGCCCCAGUGGCUGGCCCGAGAGGGGAGCAUGUUUGUUGCUCUCAGUGCUUCCACAUUCAGCCUUUUGGCCAUUGGGAUUGAGAGGCACAUGACUAUGGUGCGUCUGCGGCCAUGUGAGGCAGCUGGUCGGGGAAGACUCCUAGGGCUGCUGGGGGCCUGCUGGGCGGUGUCGGUGCUGCUCAGCUCUCUGCCCAGCCUGGGCUGGAACUGCCUCGAUGACCUGACCUCCUGCUCCACAGUGCUGCCGUUGUACGCCAAGAGCUACGUGGCCUUCUGCAUCAGUGUCUUCAGUGCCCUGUUGGUGGCCAUCGUCAUCCUCUACAUCAGGAUUUACCGCCUGGUGACCUCCAGCGGACGCAGGGUGAGCAGCAGGCCCUCAGAGCGCUCGCUGGCCCUACUGCGGACAGUGGUGAUUGUUCUUGGGGUGUUUGUCAUGUGCUGGGCCCCCCUGUUCCUUCUCUUGCUGCUGGAUGUAGGUUGCAGCCCAGAUAGCUGCCCUGUGCUCUACCAAGUGGACUGGUUCAUCGCCUUGGCUGUGCUCAACUCAGCCCUCAACCCCCUCAUAUAUACCCUAUCCAGCAGGGAGAUGAGGGCUGCCUUCUUCCGUUUGCUGUGCUGCUGUCAGACCAAUAUGGAGUCCACCGGGACACCAAUGGCAGGCAACCCCCAUCUAGGCACCAUCAUCCCCACGGCAGAGAACAGCAAGUCCAGUUUGGGUGGAGUCGGGGGCAGUGGGGCUUGCAAGUCCACUCUGAAUAGAGUGAACAGAGUGCCUACUCCCUUGCACUCUGACAGCAAGCAUGGCGAUCCUUCCGCCCCCGCUGUGCAAUACCCCUCUGGACCCGCUGACCUGCUGUCAGCUGUGCUAGUCAAGGCCGGGGCGCUGCCUUCCCUCAGCAAGUUCUGACUUCACUGAGACUUUACAGUCAUACAGCACUACACACAAAGAACUGACAUAGACACUUUUUGUUUGUUCACUGUGGUCUAUAUAAAACGGAUGAGUUAAAGUUCUGACUCAGAAGCAAAGACAUUUCAUUUGAGCCGAAUAAAUCCACAAAGUUGACUGCUUUGUGCGUUGUAGAUUAGAGUACAUCAUGUAAAGCCACUAUUUACAGCAAUUAUUCACAGCAAUAGAAUAAUCCAAAUGUUGCGCCUGUCUUAUGCAAUAAUUUGUACUCAUAUUUCAGAACGAUGAAAUAUGUUUGUUUGAGUUUCAUGGAGAUGGAAUAAGCCAAGAUUAAAAAACAAAAAGCUCUCAUCAAAGAGUGACUUGGUUUGCUCCAUGUCUGUGAAACUAGUCUUAUUACUGCUUCAAAGAAGUCAUAAUUUUAGAGUAUUAUUUAGCUUUAUCAGUGUUUGCCAGUGUUUUAUGUCAGUGAUGGUUGUUUGAAGGAGCAAAAGAUGAAACUGGGGCACUUUUUUGCAUGUGCUAUAUACAAGUAUUCUUGAAUCACCUGCCUUUUCGCUCACUAUUUGACUCUGUAAACUAUUUAUUUUCCAUGAAAACCUUUGACCUUUGAGUACUAUAAACUGUGUGGUAUAUUUUUUGCUUUGUGUGCAUAAAAAACCCAUCACGGUACAGAGGAGUUCCACAUUGACUUUGUUAUGAUUUGAGGUGAAGUGCGAGUCAAAAACCGUCUCUCACAGACAGUUCUGCCGGUUCAACAGCACAUCUAGAAACCACUCACACAUCCACUAACCACUAGUGAGUAGGAGUGUUGGAUUUGAAUUAUUUAAUGGUGGUAGACUGUAAAUGACAUUUCAGCCUAGGGUGGUGUAGUGCCUAAUAUCAUUACAUUCCAAACUGAAUAAAAUCCUAUUCCCUUUUA